GAAUCAGUAGUUGAUCAAUACUGCACUUGGUAUUUUCUAGCACAAUGGUCAUGCCCUUUAGAGAACUCUAAAGGUAGAUCUCGUGCUACGUACCCGAAGGUGGAUGGUCUGUGCGCCCCCAGUCAUCCAGAACUCCAUGUCCAUUGACGUAUCGUCUGCCGGCAGCACUGGACUGGGUUAUCAAUCGUACGUACUCGCACGCGUUGCCAAGUCACGAUCUGCCAUCACCGGCACCUUCACGCCCGCCACAAUGGCCGAGCCAACAGCCGUGUCGGUCAUUAUCGAGCCGCUGUCCCUCAUCUUCGGCUUUGCCUACUCAGCCGUGACAAGCAUUCACUACAAGUGGUGGAUCCUGCAUAUGGCAACAGUUGUCGCGUUCCCAUUCCAGCUUCUCCUGAUACCGCUGCGCAUAGUCACGUCAGUUCUGUCGGUGGUGUUCGCGCCCUUUAUAUAUCUUGGCUAUUGCUUUAUCGCGCUCGCGAGCACCUUGUGGACAUGGCUUGCUAGCCUCGAGCCACUGUACACUUUUGUGGUCACCGCCGCUACAAUAGGAAUAUCUGCUGGCGUCGUGUUGGCCUUGGUGUCCAACUUUGUCUCGACCAAGCUCAGUAUCCAGGAUUCGCCGUACGAUGAUGCGGCAGAGGAUAGUGACGGCGAGGAAAUCAGUCCUCUGCCGAAGCGCCGUUUCCUCUCUGACAGAGGUGACUCGGAUGAAGCGGACUGGCAGUGGUUGGAGACGUCCACAUCUCCCGUCCGCCGGAAGCGUGCAUCUGGUUUGCUGUCACAGACGAUACAUGAGGAAGAUGACUCUUCAGACGCUUAAUUGAAUCUCUUUACAUCGACAGAAAAGGCUUGACGAGCCAGUUCCGCACUUUCCACGCUGCCUUUUUGGGGUAUGUUGUUCGCUAAGUGCUUACUUGUGCAAUG